GAGGGGAGACAAUGUAACAUGAACAGCUUUAAAGGCGAGAGUGAUAGAUAAUAUUAGCCCAAAUAAACGUUUGGAAGAUAUUCACCAUACAUUUUGCUCAUUUCCUGCAAAAUAUGAGAAACAUGAAACUAUUUCUUAUCCUUUCUUUUAGUGCUCUCAUGUCACUAGAAGCAUUUGGGAAUAGCCAUGAAAGUGAUAAGCAAGCUUUACUCAAGUUCAAGUCUCAAGUUUCUGAGGAGAAAAAAGUUUUGCUGUCCUCAUGGAACAACUCCUUCCCUCUCUGCAGAUGGACGGGGGUUACAUGUAGCCACAAACACAAGAGAGUUACUGGUUUGGAUCUCGGAGGAUUCCAAUUGGGUGGAGUGAUAUCGUCGUUUAUUGGUAAUCUUUCAUUUCUCACAUCACUUGAUUUCAAUAGUAACUCUUUUGCUGGAACCAUCCCUCAAGAGCUGAGAAACUUGUUUAGACUUCAGCACUUGAAUAUGAGCUUCAAUUUUCUGGGAGGAGGGAUUCCAGCUAGUCUGUUCAACUGUUCUAGAUUGUUGGACCUUUCUUUAUAUUCAAAUCAUCUUGGACAAGGUCUUCCUUCAGAAGUAGGAUCAUUGAGGAAUCUUGUUACUUUAGACCUUGGUAAAAACAACCUGAACGGAAAAAUCCCUGUAUCUCUAGGAAACCUGACAUCCCUCAGACUACUUUCCUUUGAUGAAAACAAUAUGGAAGGAGAAAUUCCUGAUGCUAUAGCUAGAUUGACUCAAAUGGUGGUUUUUGCAAUUCACAUAAACCAAUUCUCUGGCGUUUUUCCUCCUGCAAUUUACAAUUUAUCCUCACUUCAGUCUUUGGACAUGUUUGGUAAUGGUUUCUCUGGGAACCUGAGGCCUGAUUUUGGUAAUUUGCUACCAAACCUUGAAGAAUUGUCUCUCGGUAAUAAUUCUCUCACAGGAGCUAUUCCAUCAACACUUGCAAAUAUUUCAACUCUUCAAUUUUUGGCCAUAGAGCGUAAUAGUCUGACAGGAAGUAUUCCGAGCUUUUCAAAACUACAAUAUUUGCAAUUGCUAGACCUUAAUCACAAUUCUUUGGGAAGUUUUUCAGCUGGAGAUCUUGAAUUUCUUGUUUCUUUGACCAACUGCACCCAACUUCAAAGCUUAGAUGUGGCAUUCAAUAGGCUUGGGGGUGACUUCCCUAUCUCCAUUGUCAAUCUGUCGAUGAACCUUAAUGAUUUAUCUCUUCAUAAGAAUUCCAUAUCUGGAAGCAUUCCUCAUGACAUUGGGAAUCUCAUAGGGCUACAAACAUUUUGGUUUUCAGAAAAUCUAUUGAAAGGACCAAUCCCAACCUCUUUUGGGAAACUUCUUGGAUUGGUGGAAUUAAGUGUCCAUGCAAAUAGGAUGUCAGGCGAGAUACCAUAUUCUUUAGGAAACAUUACUCGGUUAGAAAAACUCCUUUUGUCCAACAAUAGUUUUGAAGGAAUCAUUCCUCCAAGUCUUGGUAAAUGUAGCCAUUUGCUAUAUUUGCAUAUCCAUAAUAAUAAGUUGAAUGGUAUUAUACCUCAGGAGAUUAUGCAAAUUUCAACCCUUAUUUCCCUAAAAAUGUCAAAUAAUUCAUUGACUGGCUCUCUACCAGAAGAUGUAGGACGACUUCAAAAUCUUGGUAAUUUAUCUGUUGCUCAUAAUAAGCUAUCCGGCAAACUUCCAAAGACUUUAGGAAAUUGUCUCUCAAUGGAAAGACUUGAUCUGCAAGGAAAUACUUUUGAUGGAACCAUUCCAGAUAUAAGUGGGUUGGUGGGUAUUAAGGCGGCUGAUUUCUCAAGCAACAAUCUCUCUGGAAGAAUCCCUGAAUAUCUCGCAAACUUUAACUUGUUGGAGUAUCUCAAUCUAUCAUUCAACAAUUUCGAGGGAAAUGUGCCAACGAAAGGAAAGUUCAAAAAUGCUACUAUAGUCUCCAUAUUUGGAAACAAAAAUCUUUGUGGAGGCGUCUUGGAACUACAACUGAAGCCAUGUUUUACACAACCACCAAGAAGUUCAAGAAAGAAACUUGUGAUUUGGGUAAGCAUUGGCAUAUCUUUGCUUUUGCUUUUGUUUAUAGCUUCAGUUCCUCUUUGUUGGUUAAAAAUCAGAAACAAGAAAAAUACCAAUGAAGCAACUCCUUCCCUCUUGUGGGCUUUUCAUGAAAUGAUAAGUUAUGGAGAUCUUCGAAAUGCGACAGAUGGCUUCUCUUCGAGUAAUUUGAUCGGGUCAGGCAGCUUUGGUACUGUGUUUAAAGCCUUUCUCCCUGCUGAGAACAAGGUUGUUGCUGUGAAAGUUCUAAACAUGCAGAGACGUGGAGCAAUGAAGAGCUUUAUGGCAGAAUGUGAAUCCCUAAAAGACAUUAGACAUCGUAAUCUUGUGAAACUGUUGACAGCUUGUUCGAGUAUUGAUUUCCAAGGAAAUGAAUUCAGAGCUCUAAUCUAUGAGUACAUGCCAAAUGGAAGCUUGGAUAUGCGGCUGCACCCAAAGGAAAUUAAAGAGAUUUCUAGGCCUUCAAGAACAUUGACACUUUUGGAAAGGCUUAACAUAGUGAUAGACGUGGCUUCUGUUUUGGAGUAUCUUCAUAUUAGUUGCCAUGAAGCUAUUGCUCAUUGUGAUCUUAAACCAAGCAACGUUCUUCUAGACGAUGAUCUAACCGCCCAUGUUAGUGACUUUGGUCUUGCUCGGAUCCUCCUCAAAUACGACCAGGAAACCUUCAUUAACCAACUUAGCUCGGCUGGAGUCAGAGGAAGCAUCGGCUAUGCGGCACCCGAAUAUGCAAUGGGAGGAGAAAUAUCAGUACAUGGUGAUGCCUACAGUUUUGGGAUUCUCAUUCUUGAACUGUUUAGUGGAAAACGACCAACCGAUGAGAUGUUCGGAGGAGACUUUACCAUCCGUAGCUGCAUCAGGUCUGCAUUGCCAGAUCAAGUUUUGGAUGUCGCAGACGAAUCAAUUCUUCACAGCGGCCUUAGAAUUGGCUUCCCUGCUGCUGAGUGCUUGACAAAGGUUUUAGAAGUGGGACUUGGGUGUUCUGAAGAGUCUCCAGCAAACCGGUUGGAAAUGAGUGAGGUUGUAAAAGAAUUAAUCUCAAUCAAGGAGAGGUUCUUCAAAGCCAGAAGAGGAGCUAGACAUUGAAGUGUCGUCUUGUAUGCUUGCUCCUCUUCAAACUUGAAGACUUGUAGAAGUAUUCUAUUUCUUCAUGAUAUGCUUUGAAUGCUGUGAAACAUAAUCCUAUGUUAUUAGUAGACAAAAGAUGAAUGUCGUGUUAGCAAUUUGAUAUUUGGAAUUUCUAUCGGUAAAA